AUGCGGAACUGGCGCGCAAAAUUCCUGCUCGUGCUGGUGGGAUUGUCGUCGCUGUCGGCAUUCAGCGUCGGCACCGACUUCACGGCUCGACAAUCCGAAAAUUCCGCGGAACCCACUGCUUCCAAAUGCGACCAGAACGUGCCGAUCGUGUAUCUCACCAUCAACCCAGCACUGGUCACCAAGGGUCUUUUCUCCAGGGGCAGCAGACAAUUGCAGAUGAAUUGGUCCCUCUGCGGACACUUGACCAACUCGGCAGACUCAAUACGUUUGUAUAAUACGAACCCUGCCAAGAUGAGACCGAUUGAAUUGGACUCCCAAGCCCUGGAAAAGGUGUUUCCUAAUAUCGUUGGCCGACACGCGACCAAGGUUCAGGUUCCCGAGUUUGAGUUCGGGGAUCGGGAUUUGACCUCGAAUGCCUCAGACCCAAAGACCCAACGAAUGCACUUAAAGCUUCCGUUGCAGGACAGCGUGCUGACGGAGCGGGCUUUCGGCGCAACCUACCUUAGGGAAUCCCUGAGCAGUCUGAUGCUCUCCGAAGUCGCGCUGCCGGGAACGCAUAAUUCGGGCGCUUACAGUCAGUACACAGACUUCCUCUCCCAAGUCGUACGCAAAAAGUUCCUCAUCGCCCAAGAAGAGUCCAUUUUCAACCAGCUAGUGCUGGGUAUCCGUUACUUGGACCUCCGAGUCGGCUACUAUCCAGAAAGCCCGGAAAAGUUCUUCCUGAACCACGACAAGAUCCGCAUCAUGCCGUUGAAGACCAUCUUUGACCAAGUGACUCGGUUCAUGGCAGCCACGAAUGAGAUCCUCGUGCUGGACUUUCAUCGAUUUCCCGUCGGAUUCAAUGCGGAAGCUCAUCAACAGCUAGUGGAGAUGAUCAAGGCCCAGCCAUCUUGGUCCACGUUGGCACUUCCGGAAUCAACUCUGGGCACCAACAUCACGCUCGGAGAAAUGUGGGCCGGAGGUCACCGUUUGUUCAUCGCCUAUGAAGACGAAGUGGUGGAAAAUGGCCAGCAUCUUUUGUGGGAGAAUGUCAUCCAUCUGUGGGCCAACACUGCCCAUAUCUUCCAGCUCAAGGAUUACCUGAGCAAACGAUUUGCAUUGGACGUCAGCUUUUUGCAAGGUCGAGUCCUGUUCACAGCAAACGCGUUCCUCACCCCGCAAGUGAAUGACUUGGUCAGUGGUCUGCAAUCCCCGGGACUCCGAGAUUUGGCAGAGAAAGUCAGCAAUGCGGGCUUGGACAAAUGGUUCAGCACGAUUUGGAGAAGCGCAUUCACGAUCGUGUCCACUGACUUUUUCAUGGGCAACCGGAUGAUUAAAUUGUGCACUGAGGUGAAUUUGGAGCGAGCAGCAGCAGCGCGACGAUCUUCGUUGGUGCGGAGACAAACGAGUUCCAUUGAACAAGAAGCUCGUUACAACGAUUACGUCGUUAAAAGCAGUCUUUUCAAAUCCGUGCCAGAUUGGAUUGUUGUUCGAUACGUGAAAACCCCGAGCGGUUUGACUCCACAGAGAGUCAGGAUAGUUUCGCAGGUUGAACCGAAUUGAUAGAAUUUUAAUCGAAUGAAUAAGAGAAGAACUCCUGAUGUGGUCUUACAAUAUCCAGGUUCUUCAGCUAUCUUAUUCUGGAUAGAAUUUCGGAUAUUAUAAUGCUUGACUAGCUUGAGAAAAAAAAGCACAGAGGGAUUGAAAAGUCCUCAUUCAUCAAGAAAGGUACCCAGAAAAAUCGCCAUGCAUGUACUGUAUAUGAAAGCAUCUGUGCAAAAUUCAUCAUUCGAAAACAUCGUGAUCAAAUUCACUCAAAAUUUAAAUUUCUCAAAAAUUUGCCCAAGAGAAAAACAAAUGAACGGAUAUUAUAAAAUCACGAAGAAAAACACACACGACAUGAUGUACUGUAGUUUAAUUGGAUCAAACGUUGCCUCUUUGGCAGCGAUUUUUAAAUUAAUUUUUGUUUAAUUACGAAACACUUACCCCCUCAAAUUAAAUCCAUAAAAUUCGGUCUAAAAUAGCAUGACAUACACCGGAGAAAUUUUUAAACGCAAUAGGAUUUUUUUUUAAAUCUUCAAAAAUGUCAAACAAAGACGUAAAAAUUUAUACAGUGGGUUGAGGGAAUUCGAUAAGGGAAAAUGUUUUCUUCAAACACUGAUGAGGAUGCUACGUUCUUUCCGUUGACUGCGCGAAUUUUUGAAAAGCCCAUUUGGAGAAAUGAUGGCAUAAUUUUAGGAUAUGACACGAAUUUCCUGUGGCGUCAAUGAAAAUGCAAGAAAUUUGCAUUAUGUGGCUCGUCAUGGAGUUCUUUUAUCGUUUAAUACAAUUUGGGUUGAUUUUCGUCCGCGUGAAUUUAAUCUGAGCUCUUUUUUCUCCAGUAAACCAGCAAUUAUGAUGUCUUAUCGUAGCAGAGGGUGUGAAAUGAAAAUAAUACCAUUUUUGAAAUGAAUUUUCUGUUCCGAAAAUGGGACAAACAACAGUAACAAUACCAACAAAGAUGUUUCGCGUAAAAAAAAAGAAUCCGGACAACUUUCACGCUCAUCACAACAAAUCCUCCAUCAAGAGCUCAUUUCAGUUAUUAAUUUUUCACAUCACACUGCGCUUUGUAAUUAGUGCUUGGCAUAAUUUCGAGUUGAAAUGAAAUCCAGACAAAGUUGAAAAGGAAUCUGAAAUAAAGUCUUUUG